AUGGAUUCGAACACGAACCCUGUCGUGCCGGCGGCUGGCACUGCCACCCCUCGUCGUCAAGCCGCGCGGGGUCGCCCGACCAGAGAUGCGCAAAUUGCCGCCUCCCCCCGUCGACCCAACCAUUCGCUGGUCUUCGACAAGAGCGCGCUUGUGACGCCAUCUGGCAACGGCGGCACGGCGCUGCGCUUCCACGCGGUGAAGUUUCGGCUUGACACGAUCACGAUGUAUCGCAAUGACUACCCGACAGACACGGAGUCGCAGCUCACAGACGUCUCCAUCGCGACCAUGGUGUGGCACCUCGUGCGGUGCAUCAUGGGCAACGACGCGAUCAUCGGGCGCAUGGCCACGGCGGUGCAGCCGAUGUGGACGUACGUCGUUCCCAGCACCAUUGGUACCGCGAUGGCGCACGUGCCCGCAGCGACGGGAGACCAUGCCAUGCGCGACCACGUCUGGGUGCACGUCGACAUCAAGUCGUACGCCGUGCAGCUCUUCAACACGACCGAAGGGCCGCUCGGGGACAUCCUCGCGGACCCGAGCACUAACCGCCUCUACGUCAUCUCAACGAACAGCGUGCGGCGCCACGUCGUCGACGACCGCGUCCAACUCGUCGGGGCCGAUUGGUUCCUCGAGGCCUUCCGCGUCAUGAGCGACGUCGAGCUCACAAAUAUCGUUCGCAGCGUGACCAACUGCUGCUUGGACAAAGGUUCUUCGUACAACGUGCAGCCGGUGGCGCCUUUGCCGCGCGUCCCGAACCGCGCCACGAUCCCGUCGUCACCGCCACGAAACGGUUCGGACUCGGAGUCGGGGACACCCGGCAGCGGGAAGCAGGCCAAGCGCAAGGCCACGACGGUACUUCAAGACCAGCCGGCUGCACAAGUCCGUCGCCUUGACCCUGCACUCUAUACGCCGGCCGCUGCUCCGGUUGUCGUCGCGCCUGCCGCUGCCCCGGUUGUCGUCGCGCCUGCCGCUGCUCCGGUCGCCGUCGCGCAUGCUGCAGCCGAAGCCCUCGACACCCCGCCGCAGGUCGUCACCCCGGCUUCACACACCGAGUUGCUUGCUGCGGUUCAAGAUUUGCGUGGCGAAAUCGCGCGACUGCGGGGUCUGCCGGAACGAGUCCUCGCGAUCGAGGCGACCAUGGCGAGCGACAAGGUCUUGAUCGAAGAGCUCAUGGCCCGCAUGGAUCUUCUAUAG